ACUGAGAGCAGAUGGGCCGAAUGGGCUGUUUCCGUGCUGCAAAUGUGAUCCAUGUUGACUUGCCGUUUGUGUGUGCACUUCCAAGGAAAAGAGAGAGAGAGAACCGGAACCCAGGGUUGUAAUACGCAGGGGUAUUAAAUUAAAUGCGGACAACGUAGCGAGAGAUGCAUUGAAAAAUAUACGGACUUCCCCGUACAUGAGAAGAAGGAGUGGGCGAAUAGGUGCUCCCUUGCAGAAUGCAUCCCUGUGCACUAUAACUUGAAGAACCUGCAAUCGAGCGGGUUACUUUCAGCGGCAGCAGCACGUCACGUUGCACGUGGUCGGCUCCAUCGGUUGGAGCUAUCCGUGGUGCUGACGGCAGCCGGGAGUCGCGACACUGGCUCACACAACUAAAAAACCUCGUCAAGAUUCAGGCCAACUCCCCACUUGUGCUUCGGCAAGUCAGAGCCAGCAACGACUUCUUUCUCUGCCGCGGAGACUCCAUCUGAAUUGACUCGGAAAGUAGUUGGGUGAGACAGAACAGAAAGAUACCCUUUCGAUGUGAGCUGGCAACCUCUGGGAUGAAUAAGAAUCUUUUCUCCCCGUAUCGGUUAAAAAUGAGCACGUUAUGUUUACUUCUAGCUUGUCUGAUGACGGUCUUUGGUCAAGACCUGUCCAAAGAUCUGAAUACCGUAAGUGGGAAAGGAAAGAGCAAUGGCAAGACAGAAGUUGUAUGGACGACUGCUACAACUACUGAACCAGACGAUAAAUUUCAUUUUGUUAGUACAACGCCCAAUAUCAACAUCAACAACCAUCAUCCCCUGCUUGAAGAAAUCAUUCAUGAGACAUUACUGAAGAAGGAUUUCCUUGGUCAGGAACCACUUUUAACCAAUAAGAUAGGAAUGAGAAUUGGUGCUACUUUUCCUGCUACUCAGUCACAAAAACCUCAAGAACCUUUGGUUCAUCAGAUAGUCACCAAUGACACUCCAUUGUUUUCUGACAUAACCACUACUACAAUGGCCUCAACAUCUCCAAUGACAACACUGGGCACUUCUUCAUCUUUGGCAACAGAUGCUGCUCCAUUGGCUGACCGUACUGGUGUAACACAAGGAGGGAAAACUCCUCCAAUGUUGCGAACGGUUGCCACCACAGAUUCUCUCACGACAUCUGCUGUAAGCUCAGCUACAUCUGAGCUGCCUGAAACUGCACUCCCAAAUAGCAUCACUGCAUUUGUUCAAACUGAGCCUGGUCGCCCCUCACCUGUAACAAGAGAGUCUCAGAGCGAAUCUGGUAUCUUUCAAAAUUUCAGCGACCAAGGAGUGGCUACUGCGCUGACUAGAAACCCUCCAGCAGCCAUUACCACAACAGUCGGAACAGGCACACAUCAAAUACAAGGACCGAAUACUGAGCAGUAUCGCAAUCCUGCUGCAGAUCCAACCGUCUCCUCAGUUGCAAGCGAGACUGAUGAGGAAACUAUGACUACAACCAUCAUUACUACAACAAUAAUUACAACCGUGCAGACACCAGUUCCUUGCAGCUUAAAUUUCACAGACUUUGAGGGUUACAUUGAGUCUCCAGAAUACCCCAGUCACCUGUACUACAGCAACUUGGACUGCAUCUAUACUAUUACAGUCUACAGAGGAUACGGAGUGGAACUUCAGGUCAAAAACAUCAGCCUGUCUGAAGGAGAGAUGCUAACAAUUGAAGGGCUCGAUGGAGAUGAACCAACUGUUCUUGCCAACGAGUCGAUUUUAAUGAAGGGGCAGGUGAUUCGCAGCCCAAGCAAUCAAGUUUCUAUCCACUUCCAGAGCAUUCAACUUGGAAAUCCAGGCUCAUUCCAAUUCCAUUACCAAGCGUAUCUGCUGAGCUGUGGAUUUCCACAGAAGCCGUCCUUUGGCGAUGUGUCUGUCACCAGCCUCCAUCCUGGUGGAGUGGCGCACUUCUACUGUAACACAGGUUACCGCCUGCAAGGUUUCCCUUCCCUCACCUGUGUCAAUGGCAGCAAGCCUCACUGGAGUGACAAUGAACCGGAAUGCGUUGCUACCUGUGGGGGAUUCAUUCGAAAUGCAACUGUAGGCCGCAUCACAUCACCCAACUUUCCAGGUAACUACAGCAACAACCUGACCUGUUACUGGUUGAUUGAAGCUCCAGAAGGACAGAAGUUACACUUGCACUUUGAGAAAGUUGCACUGGCCGAAGACGAUGACAGGGUCAUAAUUCGGAAUGGGGACAGCAUUGACGCUCCUUCAGUUUAUGACUCCUAUGAAGUGGAAUACCUGCCCAUCGAAGGCAUCAUCAGUGAUUCACAACAUUUCUUCAUUGAAUUGACUACUGACAGCUCUGGUACAUCUACUGGAUUAGCUUUAAGAUACGAAGCCUUUGAACAUGGCCAUUGCUACGAGCCAUUCAUUAAGUAUGGAAAUUUCACGACGGGUGAUGCAUCGUAUCAAGUCGGAACGGUGGCUGAGUUUUCAUGUGAUCCAGGGUACACCCUGGAGCAAGGUUCAAUGAUCAUAGAAUGUGUGGAUAUCCAGGACCCCCAGUGGAAUGAGACUGAGCCAGCCUGCAGAGCUGUCUGCAGUGGGGAGAUUACAGACUCUGCUGGAGUUGUGCUGUCUCCAAAUUGGCCAGAAGCCUAUGACAAGGGUCAGGACUGCAUUUGGGGUAUACACGUGGAGGAAGACAAACGGAUAAUGCUGGAUCUGCAGGUGUUAAACAUGGGACAGAAUGAUGUUCUCACUUUUUAUGAUGGGGAUGAUCUAACUGCAAGAUUAUUGGGCCAGUACACAGGCACUCAUCAUCCAUUCAAACUGUACACAACCAUGGCAGAUGUCACCAUUCAGUUCCAAUCUGAUCCGGCAACCAAUGUGUUUGGAUAUCAACAGGGAUUUGUCGUUCACUUCUACGAGGUUCUGAGAAAUGAUACCUGCCCGGAAGUGCCAGAGAUUCUGAAUGGUUGGAAAACAACUUCUCACCCUGAGCUAGUCCACGGAACUGUGGUGACAUACCAGUGCUACCCAGGAUUUGAGCUGAUUGGAACCGACAUCCUAAUGUGUCAAUGGGAUUUGUCAUGGAGUGGAGAUCCCCCAACAUGUGAGAAGAUCAUAUUCUGCACUGAUCCCGGUGAUGUCGAUCAUAGCCGCAAGAUUAUCGCAGAUCCUAAGUUUUCAAUUGGCUCCACAGUGCAGUACAUUUGUAACAAAGGCUACACGCUGGCCGGGAGUACUAUACUGACUUGUUACAACAGGCAGUCUGGGAAUCCUAAGUGGAGUGACAGGGUUCCUAAGUGUAUCCCGGAGGUGUUUGAGCCGUGUCACAACCCUGGGGUGCCUGACAAUGGUUACCAGACCACAGAGAAGAAGUUGUACCAAGCAGGGGAAGCCCUGCGGUUUGCCUGUUAUGAUGGCUAUGAGCUCAAAGGGGAAGCCAAUAUCAAAUGCAUUCCAGGACACCCCUCAGAGUGGAGCAACCCACCUCCAUUCUGCAAAGUUACUUACGAUAAAUACUUCAACGAACGUAGACUGGAAGUGGCCAAGCCUGCAAGCUCUCUGAGCCAGAUGCAAGGAAGUCAUAUUGCCAUUGCAGUAUUCAUCCCGAUGAUCAUUGUAGCUCUCCUCAUUGCAGUGAUCUAUUUCUACUUUACAAAGUUCCAGGGAAAGUCCACAUUAAGGUUGCCACUGGCCGGCCCUCAUCCUUACAACCACAUCACCGUGGAAUCAGCAUUCGACAAUCCCAUAUAUGAGACAGGAGUAAGUAAUGAGCCCCUCCAGCUGAGGGAUUUGGAUCCUGAAAAUACACCUGUCCUUACCUGAACAACUUCCAUCACAUCACAGUUGUCCUCUUACGGUGCAUGCCAUAGGCAUGAAACCUUACUGAAGCCAUCUGUCAGUCAUCUCACAAAGUCUUUGCAUUAUGUAUUUAAAAACCAUUACCAUACAUAUUUAUUUUCAAUAUAGCUUUUGUUCUAGUUUCAUUGUGAUCUUUUGGCGUGUCAGUUAUAUUGUGUUUUCUGUUUCUGUUAGAAAACUGCAAAACCUUCUAUAAAAUUUAGCAUGUUUAUGUUUCUAUUCUUAGUGGUCUAUGCUUCAGAAUCUGUUACAUUUAAUGUAAGCAUUAUUUUGGUGCAGUGUCUCUGGGUAUCAGGAUACUGAAGGGAUAUCACUGUAUUACUGAAUGUGCAAUAAAGGAGGUCAGGUGAUUCAACAUCAAGUUGCUCUCAGUAAAAAUUGAUAGUGAACUAGAAACCUGAUAUUUAUUAAGUGACCUUGGCAACAUACUAAGAGAUUUCUCCCUGUGAUUUCCAGCUUUCUUAAUCUCCUGCAAAUGUAGCUGCCUCUCAAACACAGUUGAUGCUUUGCAAUCUGGCCAGAGAACCUAUGUUAUUCAUUAAAAAUGAACAAAAUGAAUUCAGAGUUACUGAAAUUAGUUUUGCCAUUUUCAAGAUGAAUGUGGAUGAUAUGUUUAAAAUUCUGGAGCAUCAGCAAUUUACCUUGAGAUUUGAUGACUAGUUUACAGUUUCUUAAAAAACAACUUGGUCUUCAGCCAGAGUCAUCCUGACUAAACUCAGUUUUGCAGCAGGCCUUAAAGCUGGCAUCAAACACUGACAUCCCUGUUGAAAGGCUUCUAAAACACCAAACUUUGAUCAGCUUUCCAAUGCUUUAAGACUUAUCUCAUCAUCUUCCUUGGCCUUUUCCAGCUUGGCCCUUUACUCUGUGUCCCCUCGACCUCAAUUUAAAACGAUUUGAUGCUGAAUCUCAAUUUUUAAACCCACUAAAACAUUUGUAAAAUACAGCCCAUCAAUCAGGAUUUAAACAUGGGGUAAAUUAUUUAGUGACUUGAGAAGUGUUCAUUUUUGGGGUCUAUUUUCUGGCAUUCAUGCAUAAAGCAAGCAGCAGCUGCUAAUGCUCAUACCUUUUUUUAGUUACAUUGGCAAAUGAAGCAAUCUGAAGUGGAACCUCAGUUAGUCUACUGACUAAACAGACAGUGGAUAUUUUGCACUCCUAAUACAAAAAGCCUGACGCUCGCUUAUUAACUUGAAACAUUUCCCCUGAGAAUGCUGAGACAACCAUUUGCUGUUAUUUCUUGAUGGGGAGUUUUCAGAGUUACCAACCUUCUCAUUCUUUCAAUUAAAGGGUGGGUUUUUCUUCUUCUCUGCAGGUUGUUGUCUAUAACUGAACAAAAUAAUAAGCUGGGAAUGUCAAUAUUUCUCCCAACCCCCACUCAAUGUCAGAAACAUUUAGAAGUAAAAUAAAAGACACAUAGAGGCAGGCAGCUUCAUUAAAACUUAACUAGCCAUCUCAGAGUCCUAGCAUUUUUAUAUAAGAGUCAGCUGCUUCCAUCAGAUGUUUCCAUUUCACUUCUGCUCUGCUUUUCACCUUAAACAGAGCACAGCAAGAUCAAAACAGAAAAAUGCAGCUCUCUGCCGGCCUGUUGCCAAAGUCCCACCUGAUGCAGUUUUCAGUUCAGCCACCAGUUUUAUGACAGGGAGCAGGAUGGAGCCUUAUGAAUGUGGCUGAGACAGUGGCUUGGUGGUAAUGUUGCUGGGCUGGAAAAUCGAGACCCCCAAGCGCCUCUGGGAGCAAGGGUUCAAAUCCACCCAACAGCUUUUGGAAUUUAAACUCAAUUAGUAAAAUCUAGGAUUAAAAGCUAGCCUCAUUAAUGAUAGCUGUGAAACUGUCAUCAGUUAUUGUAAAAACCUAUCUGGUUCGCUCAUGCUCCUCAGUGAAAGGAAUCUAAUACAUUACCACCAAACCAGCCUUCACGUGACUCCAGACCCAGCGCAAUGCCGUUGACUCUUGACUGCUGUUUGAAUUGACCUGGCAAGCCUUCCUGUUCCAAGGCAGUUUAGGAUGGGCAAGAAAUGCUGGCCUUGCCAACAAUUCCACCUCCUGUGAAAGAAUUCUAAAAAAAGUGGGGUCCUGUGAAAUUUGAGCAUGAGGCAGCCUAAUCAGCAGUCCCUCAAGGAACAGAAGGAAGUUAUUUGAAAAUUGAUCCAGGGAAAUUCAGAAGUACUGAAUGCACCUCCCCUUCCAAUAAAAAUCACCCAAGAUCAUCCAUACCAUGCCUCACCCAUUUAACCAAUCAUCAUCUUUGUGAACAGCUGAUUCCCACCCUUACUUUACUUGUUUAAAACCUGACCAAAAUAAGGAGAGAGGUAUACCAAAAGAGUCAACGUAAACUUCAUCUUAUCACGACCAGUGAAAAGAAGUGAGUAAAAACUGAGCAGUGAACAUUGUUCUGUAGUCAAAGAGUACAUAUUCAUUUUCACGUCUUCACAGAUGCUGUUGCAUCCUCAGUGCAGAGUAGAAAGUUAAAUGCCAGGGAAGAAAUUUUCCAAGAUGCCCCUUCACAGAAUUUAAUUGACAACCAGUGAAGCAUUCCUGAUUUUACAAUAAGCCAGCAUAUGAGAUCCAUGUUAACUUCAUGGAGUCUUGAAAAAUUAUGACCUCAUUCUUACUGUGGAGCCAGUAAGCGAAGUGACGAUUUAUCUAGAAACCAGACCAAUUAUCAGCCCUGAAUCAAAAUAUUAAAGUCGUGACAAAAAUCCAGACCCCAGUCAAAAACAAAAUUAAAAUUAUUUGAAAUUUUAGAUUUGUGUUUACCUACAAGUAGAUCUAGUAUGGUAUUUUUAUUCUGAAAACAGAAUUGCGCAUGAACAAACUACGUGGAAGAGAAUGAUUUUUUGCUGUAUUUGGAAUUCAUUUUCUCGUUGUUAAAGGUGAUUGUUAUUUGCAAAGUAGUAAUUUAUUUUUCAAAUCAGGUUACCUGAUAAAUUAAGCUUUAAGACAAACAGCGAUGACUAAAACGUACACAAAGCAUUGCCAUAUAGUGAUUUAGCUCUAGUUGUGGAUUUGGCAUCAUUUUGUUUGUGAACUUUAAUUAAAAUACACUACAGAGCACUAAAUACCCUGUGAGGGAAGGAAUCUGUAUAUCUGGUUCAAAAGCUUUAUUUGCAAUCACAGUCGGAAUACUAAAAAUUGAACCCAACCGCAAAAAAACCUAAUGCUAGUCAAAUUGAAAGACUGUAUUGAAUGCACAGGGAUUUACUCCCAAUUUACUUGUUUUUUUAUAUAAGAAAACUGCUCCAAACUGGAUUAUGCAAUUGCUAAAUCAGUAUGAUCUCUCAUAACUGUGAAUGAGAACUGAUUCAUUAUUAAAGUGUGUGGCAUCUGU